GUGUUUGCGGUGCAGCUGAGCAAGGAAAUGGACCUGGCGAAUCAGCUCAAAGCAAAGCACGCGCUGAAGAUGCAGACGCUGCUGUGCGACAUGCUCAUGCGCGAGCCGCCCGUUGCCCUCGUCACCAAGACACCCAACAUCAGCGACCUUGUUCACUGCGAUGGGGCAGCUUUAUUGUACAACGGGCGGUGCUGGCGACUAGGGUCCACACCGUCUGAGCCUCAGGUGCUGAACAUAGCAGAGUGGCUGCUGACCCACCACAGCGACUCCACAGGGUUCAGCACCGACUCGCUGCUCAACGCCGGCUACCCCCACGCGUCUGACUUGGGCGAGGAGGUGUGCGGGCUCAUAGCCGUCAAGUUCAGCGAUAAAGACUUCCUCAUGUGGUUCCGCGCGCAUGCAGCGAAGGAGGUGAAGUGGGGAGGGGAGAAGCACGAUCCGCUAGACGUGGACGACCCCACACGCAUGCACCCUCGCACCUCCUUCAAGGCCUUCCUCGAGACGGUGCACAUGCGCUCUCAGCCCUGGGAGGAUGUUGAAAUGGACGCCGUUCACAGCCUGCAGUUGAUCCUUCGGUCCGCGCUGCAGGAGCAUGAUGAGGUGAAGCGGCGGCAGCUGAUGUUGGCUCGAGUAGCGGAGCUGCGGCUGCAGAGCAUGGACGAGAUCAACCAGGUGGCCAACGAGACGGUGCGCAUCAUUGAGACCGCCACCGUGCCCAUCCUGGGCGUCAACCGCAACGGCCAGAUCAACGGCUGGAACAUGCAGAUCGCCAAACUCACCGGCGUGCCAGUGGAGGAGGCGAUGGGGCGCUCAUUCCUGCAAGAGCUGGUGGCAGAGGAGAGCAAGGCGGACACUCAGAGACUGCUCGUGUCGUCAUUACAAGGCAGGGAGGAAUCAGACGUGGAGAUCCGCCUCAAGGUGUGGCGCAGCGGAGUGCCGGCGGGCGUGCUGAUCAUGCUGGUGAACAGCUGUGCCAACCGGGACAUUCACAACCAGAUCGUGGGCGUGUGCCUCGUGGGGCAGGACAUCACCACCCAGAAGAUCGUCAUGGACCGAUACAUCCGGUGUGAGGGCGACUACCGCACCAUCGUGCACUCGCCCAACCCGCUCAUCCCGCCCAUCUUCGGAAUGGACGAGUACGGCAUCUGCAGCGAGUGGAACACGGGCAUGAGCCGCCUCACGGGGCUGGGGCGCGGGGACGUGCUGGGCAGGCUGCUGCUGGGGGAGGUGUUUGGGCUGGACAUGGCCAUGCUCAUGCUGCGGGACGAGGAUGCCAUGACUGAGCUGGAGAUUGUUGUUAACUGUGCAAUGGAGGGCCAUGAGGACACGAGUAACCAUCCCUUCUCCUUUUUUGCCAGAGACGGGAAGCUGCAGGAGGUGCUCCUAACAGUGAGCAAGCGCACGGACGUGGACGGGAGCAUAACGGGCGUCUUCUGCUUCCUGCACUCCAUGAACCGCGAGGUGCAGGAGGCUCUUAAAGCCCAGGCCGCCGCCGAGACCGCCGCACAGGCCCGCAUAGCCCAAUCAGACGUGGCCAGAGAGAGCCUCCGGGCGCCCCUUGACGGGCUAGCCUUCAUCCGCCUGUCUCUGCAGCGCUCUGCCAGCCUCUCGCCGGAUCAGGUCCAGCUGCUGGAAACGGCUGCUGCACUGGAAGAGCAGAUGAGAACGAUUCUGGCCGAUAUGGCGGAUUUGAAUGCAGUGGAGGAGGGUUAUUUAGACGUGCAGCGGGUGGAAUUCUCACUGGUAUCCGUGCUGAACGCAUCGCUAAGCCAGGCGUCAGGAGCAGCGAUCGCCAAGGGGCAACAACUGGUCUGCUCAGUACCCAGCCCCAUGAGAGUGCGAGUAUUCGGUGAUCCCACGCGGCUACAGCAGGUGCUAGCCACGUGUCUCCGCACGGCUGUCGAGCACACCCCGCCGACCGGGUGGAUCGAGCUGAAGCUAGAAGCGCCGAUGAGAGGAGCGGCUGAUGUGCCGCCCCCGCAGGGGCACCCGUCGGCUGAACGGUUCAGAUUCACCGUGGCUCAUUCGGGGGAUGGCGUGCCGGGGCCGCUGGUGCAGGUGCUGGUGGGGAGGGGGGGCGUGGCUGCGACGGGGUUGCAGGGCAUGGCGCUGCGGUUGUGUAGGAGACUGGUCCAUCUGCUGGGGGGGGAGCUGGGGUACGCGUUUGAGAGCGGGCGGUGUUGUUUUAGACUGGACUUGCAGUUGCCCGUAAAGCACAAGGCCGAGGCAACGGCUGGGAGCAGAGCGUGA